CAUUGCGUCAGCUGCAUUCAAAGAGGGAUACGAUUUUGUCAGGUUAAAUUGUAUUUGCGCCAUAACAACUCGGCUAGUAAUCAUGACGAACCAACUUUGUAAGCUGUUUGUCGGUGGAUUGAACGUCGAGACUACAGACGAUGGACUUCGGCAACAUUUCGAGCAGUACGGCCAGUUAACCGACUGCGUAGUGGUUCAGAACCAGCAGCUACAAAGGUCCCGGUGCUUCGGCUUUGUAACCUACUCAAGCGCGGAGGAGGCCGAUGCAGCCAUGGCCGCCAGGCCACAUGUCGUCGAUGGUACCAACGUGGAGUUAAAAAGGGCCGUUGCACGGGAAGAUGCCGGUAGGCCAGAGGCACUCGCCAAAGUAAAAAAAAUAUUUAUCGGUGGGUUGAAAGACGACAUAGAAGACGACCAUUUGAAUGAUUAUUUCUCUCAAUUCGGGGCAAUUGAGAAGGCCGAAGUAAUCAGUGACAAACAAACUCUCAAAAAAAGAGGAUUUGGCUUUGUCUAUUUUGAAGAUAAUGACUCUGCUGACAAAGCAGUGGUGCUGAAGUUCCAUACAAUCAAUGGGCACAAAGUGGAGGUGAAGAAGGCCCUCACCAAGCAAGAGAUGCAGUCAGCCGGUGGUCGGGGAAGAGGCGGGCGAGGAAUGAGAGGGUCUCAAAAUGGCUACGACGGCGGAAGAGGUGGCGGCUACGGCAACUAUGGCGAAUGGAUAGAUGGCACAUUCUUCCUCAUAAAUCCUGCUGGUUGAUGAGGAUCUCAAGGGAUUGAUUGGAUCAAGAUGAGGAAAGUUCCUAUAAGGCACUGGAACGGCUAUGGUGUGACCCCGGACUGUGCUGAUCCAGCUCCAGUGGUCCUGUCAUUACAAGGAUGAAGAGUGUCUGUGAAAAAUGUGCGUGUUUUGGAGGACCUCUGGCCUAAUAUCCACCUGUUAGGAAGGUUGAAACUUUCAAUGAAUCAUUAAGAUAUGUAUCCUUGUUUUGUAUUCCAGUUUGUGGUAUCACAUACUGCUUGUUCUGUACUGUUAUAUUUGUUUGUGGAUUCAGUAAAUAUCUUUUGUUUUAAACCUA